CGGACAGCAGCUUUAAAGUGAACUCUGUGCCAAAGUCCAGACGCAUCGUCGGCUCCUGAAACAUUCAGAUAGUCCACGAUCGUUGCUGUCAGUGUGGUCUCAGUUUCUUUCUCUAUGGCUUCUGCUGAACCAGACUCCAAACCUGCUUUCUCUCUGGAGUCCUACCAUGUCUCUGAAGAGCUUGGUUUCAUCCUCCCGGAUCCUCUGGAAGAGCUACCACCGUACUACAAGCCAUGGAUGGAUAUUGCCCUGCGAGUCCCGGAGCUCGUGCACUCCCACGAGUUGCGCCUUCUCAUUAACAAGAUGCCACAGCUGAGCAACCAGUUUCUGCUGAAACACCGUGAGUUGCGCUUGGCCCACCUGGCCCUCAGUGUGAUGACCAUGGGCUACAUGUGGCAGGAGGGAGAGAACAACACAGUGGAGACGCUACCACAUAACCUGGCGGUCCCAUACUGGGAGGUGUCACAGCGUUUAGGACUUCCCCCAAUUCUCACCCAUGCAGAUGCAGUACUGGCUAACUGGAAGAAGAAGGAUCCCGCGGGUCCUUUUGACAUGGAGAACCUGGAGGUGCUGGUGAGCCUCCCAGGUGGAGACAGCACCAGAGGUUUCUUUUUGGUCACUCUGCUGGUGGAGCUGGCAGCAGUUCCUGCAUUGAGGAACAUUCCCACUGUGAUCAACGGUGUCAGGUGUGGAGACACUGAGACGGUGGCUACAGGCCUGGAGGUCAUCAGCCAAUCCAUACAGGACAUGACAGAUAAACUGAAACUGAUGCAGGUUUACGUGGAGCCUGCAGUAUUCUAUGGCAUAAUGAGGAUCUACUUGUCUGGGUGGAAAGACAACCCCUGUAUGCCAAAGGGACUGGUAUAUGAAGGGGUCCAGGCGGAGCCCAUGGAGUAUUCGGGGGGGAGUGCUGCACAGAGCAGCUUGCUGCACUCCUUCGACGAACUUUUUGGAGUCAAACAUGAAGCGAAAAGUGGUGCCUUUCUAACCCGCAUGAGGAACUACAUGCCACCGGCACACAAGCUGCUGAUCGCGGACAUCUCGUUGGAACCCUCCCUGAAGAGUUUUGUCCAGCAGCAAGACAGCCAGAGGCUGAGCCAGGCCUUUCAGCACUGUGUCACAAAGCUGUUGGCUUUGCGCAGCUACCACAUCAACGUCGUCAGCCGCUUCAUCACUGUGCCUGCUGCCCGCGCCCGACAACUGAGGAACCAGAGCCGGGAGCUGGAGGGGGAGAUGAUCAGCAGAGCACCCAGAGCGUUAGAGGAACAGGGCACCGGUGGCUCCAGCAUCAUGAGCUUCCUUAAGACUGUGAGAGACCAAACAAAAGACACUUUGUUGCAUGAGACAAGCGAAUAAAUGAAGCACCACAGCUGGUGUGAUCCGUUAUCACUAGGGAUGGGUAUUUUUUCUUUUGUUGAUUUAUUUCGAUUUUAAAACAAUACCGGUGCCUAAACAAUAGAUUAACUGUUUAAAAAAUACUGUAAAUAUAAAUAGAUUAAAAAAACACUCAAACUUUUUAACUUGAACAAUAUGAACGAACUAUGAACAAUAUAUUAACUGUUUACAGUUUAGUAACUUGGUGUUUCCCCUCUAUAAGAGCUCGUGAUGUAUAUAUUAUUUCAUUGGAAUAUAAGGUAUAUUAAUCAUUUCAUUUUAGAUUCAUUCUCAUUGUGCAUGAACUAAAGAUAUGUAUCAUAUUAAAAAGUUUAUCUUGGAUUCACUCUCCUUGUAGAAUUUAUUAUUAUUUCUAUGUUUUGGCAAUGCUUUGCUGCGUAAAAUAAAGACGAAAAGAAUCAAACCAUCUGGCGUGAGGAAAUGGAGUCACGUGUCUGCAUCUCAUUGCGGCUUAAUGACGAACAACCCCGAAGGAACGCAGCUACACCCUCUGUUUAAUACUUCGGGGAACCAGCCGCGUGCUCUCCUUAAUAACGGAGGGAAACACUGACUUAAAUAAAUACAAAUAGAUAGAGAUAGGUAGAUGGCUAGCUAGCCGCUGUAGCUACACAAGCGGCAAGCUCCCGUUAGCUGCUGCGAGGACGCAGUCAUCACAGUGUGUUAAAUAAAGUUGUUCAAUCGGCUCAAGCACCAAAUUCUACGUUGCGUUUCGGUACGGUAGGUACCGGUCGUGUAGGAACCGGUGCUAUAUUGGUACCGGUUCUCAGUACCCAACCCAUAGUUAUCACUGAGGGUACACAGCGGAGGGUCUGACCUGAAUCACAUAAAACACUUCUGAUUACUUACAGUGAAACUACUUUGAAUGUGAUUUAAAGGAGGCCUUGUGGCAGAGUGAGAGUGUGAGGCCUCCAUUGUUCGUCUUACACAAAGCUUUGUUCCAUCUGUAAAGAAACUUCAGACAGGAGCGAUACCCGUUAUUCAG